UGAACUCAUGGCUUCAUUACGUCUAAACUGUUUUGUAACUAAAUAUGCAAUGAUUUGUUAAUAAUAUAAUGAAUAAAUUAAUAACAUAGCGCGUGGUCAAUAAUAUAACUCAGUAAUAAUAAUUAAUAAUAUAAUUAUUGUGCAAACCGUCAAUAAUUAAUUUUAAUUUUGACAAUCUGAUGGACUUCAAAAUUUAUUAUGUUCAAGUCAUUUUGUAACUAAGUCGACUGCAAAUCAGUUUGCACAUUUUUUACUCGAAUAAAGUUGCAACAGAUUGAUAAAUUCCCAACUUCAUUGCGUCUAAUCGGCUUUGCAACUAGAUGUAGUCGAGAGUGAAAAUGGCCUGAACACUUUUUCUCUGGUGCAAUUAUUAUGUGUGCAAUGCGCGUAUAAUGAGUUACUUUCAAAAAGUAACUGUCUAUCCAAGCGCCUGGGAACAAGUUGCUCGUAACGAAUGCGAUUAAGGGGCGAUUGGACUCGACAAUGCGACAUUCUCAAAGGAAGUGUGUCGCGCAACGAGUACGGCAAGACUCUCAAAACUCUCCUCGAAACGGAACUUGGCUCUCGCCGGGGAACUUGUCCGAGUACGACGGGCAGGUGAGAGAAUCGAGUCCCGUGAUCUGUGUCCCGCGCAGUCGGCGAGGCGAAACGGCAUUGGCUCGGCGCGGCGCAGGCUCGCCGAUCGAUCGGCAAAUCGGACGAGUCUGACGUAAAUCGCACGCGUCUCGACCUUUCGCGAAAAGGUCUAGCGUGCACGCGUGUAGCCGGGAACGGGUUUGUCACCUUCGGAGGACGCGAGUGACAAGUUUCGUUUAGUGACAACAAGGUGCGUGUCGAUGAUUGCGAUUGGCCCGGGUGACGAGUGGAUCAUCUGACCCGAUAAACCGCGUGAUAGCGACGGAAUCCCGCUGAUUUCGUCACGCGCUUCAAAAGCGCAACUUUUUCCGUCCAUCAGUCUCGCAGCCGCGUUCGCGACGUGACGUUGAUUACAGCUGAACGAGAGUGGCAGAGAGUUGUGCAUAGCACGCGAUUAUAAGUUUACUCUUUCUUCGGCAACGACUUCGGCUUCGAUUUGGAAAAAUGUCGAAGUCAGGGAGCAUCAAAGAUGGCGAGAAAGGGCCGUACGACCCGAUCCCCACCGCCGAGAAGGCCAACGACGAGAUCAAACUUGAGGCGAAAAUGUCGCUUCUCAACGGCGUCACCGUCAUCGUCGGUUCCAUCAUCGGUUCCGGUAUCUUCGUCAGCCCUACGGGCGUCCUUAAGUACACCGGCAGCGUGAACGCGAGUCUCCUCGUGUGGACCGCGUCCGGCAUUUAUUCUAUGAUAGGGGCCUACUGUUACGCCGAGCUCGGAUGCAUGAUACGCAAGUCAGGCGCGGAUUACGCGUACAUCAUGGAGACUUUCGGGCCCUUCCUGGCGUUCGUGCGACUGUGGGUCGAGUGCAUGAUAGUGCGACCUUGCAGCCAGGCGAUCGUGGCCCUGACUUUCAGCGUCUACGUUCUCAAGCCGUUCUUCCCGGACUGCGUGCCGCCCGAUGACUCCGUCAAAAUGCUCGCCGCCUGCUGCAUAUGUGUCCUUGCCUUCAUAAAUUGUUGGGACGUCGCGUGGGCGACGAGAGUGCAGGACAUCUUCACGUACGCCAAGCUCCUCGCUCUCUUCAUCAUUAUCUGCACCGGAGCGUAUCAGCUUAGCACCGGACACACGGAGCACUUCACGUUCGAGAACACUAACACGGAAGUCACGUCUAUAGCACUCAGCUUUUAUUCGGGGUUGUUCGCUUAUAACGGUUGGAACUACUUGAACUUCAUAAUUGAGGAACUCAAGGAUCCCGUUAGGAAUCUACCGAAAGGAAUCGCUAUCUCGUGCUCUCUCGUUACGGUUGUCUACGUUUUCACAAACAUGGCCUUCUACACGACGCUGAGCCCCGUCGAGGUGCUUGGUAGCGAAGCUGUGGCAGUCACCUUCGCCAAUAGAUUAUUCGGCGUAAUGGCGUGGACGAUACCAGUUUUCGUGGCUCUGUCCACGUUCGGUGCGGUCAACGGCAUCCUGCUCACGUCCUCGCGGCUCUUCUACGCGGGCGCCUGCGAGGGUCAGAUGCCGGAGAUAUUGACUAUGAUCCAAAUCUCGAGGCUCACACCCACGCCCGCCGUACUGUGCAUGGCUCUGCUAUCCAUGUUGUAUCUGUGCUCUUCCAACAUCUCCGCUCUCAUCAAUUACGUCGGCUUCGCUACUUGGCUGAGUAUAGGCGUCUCCGUGCUGUGUCUGCCUUGGCUCAGAUGGAGCCAGCCGAACUUGCCGAGACCGAUCAAGGUGAAUCUUAUCUUCCCAUUCUUUUACAUCCUAGCUACUCUGUUCGUCACCGUGGUGCCGAUGUACGCCAGUCCCAUUGAAACAGGAUACGGCUGUCUGAUGAUACUCUCUUCUGUACCUGUCUACUUUGCCUUCAUCGCGUGGAAAAACAAGCCCAAGUUCUUCCAGCAGGGAGUCGGCGCCGUCACCCAAACUUUGCAGAAGCUGAUGGUAGUCGUGAGGCCCACCACUAAGUUUGAAAUACCAACUAAUUUUGUGAGUACACCGCCGCACAGUCGCAACGCCACGCUUAUUUGUUCUACGGACGAUGAUCCACUCCAAGCAAAAUUCUCAUAUUUGCGGAAUACUUUAAUAUCGUCGUCGCAGACAUCGAAGCUUAGUAAGUGCGACGAGGCUAUUGCAAAAGAUAAUGCUGGUCGUCGGCAAGACGAAACCCGCUCAGGUGUAAUCAGCCAAGAUGAAGACCAGCUCGAGAUCGAGAUGUCGAAGGCGAGCCACUUGGGCGAACGAAAGUCGAGGAGGAAGCCUGUCGAUCUGCCAGCCAAAAGAGUCAACUUCUCCGUCCUCCUGAGGAAAAUGAAAGCCUCCUCGCAGAAGAUGGAAGUCCUCGGAAAUGGAGGUCAGCUGAGAGUCCGGCUCGACGAGUCGACCAAGUUGCUUUCGACUCCACGAAGGGGCGAGUAAAAGGGCGUCCUAAGACAACAGACAGCCAUAUUGUAUCAGGACGUCGGUUGGAGGAGAGAAGAGAGAGAGAAGUAGCUCGUCUUCCGGAAUCUCCGGAUCUCGUCCCCCGGUUGUUGCGGACUCAUAGCACCAGGACCUGCCCGCCCG